GGGCCGAGCUUUCAUUACCGGGUUAUCCGACACCGUUGUCCUACACGUGUGUGGGGGUUCAAAGCAAGGCCUGCGCUUGUCUUCCCUCACUUGUUGCAACAGAAUGCACGAACGUGACAUUGAGGCUAAUCGGUCAAAGUCAGUAAAGAACAAAAAACAAAUUGAAUUAAAUGUAACUGACACUCAGAGAAAAGAAUUCAGUGAGAAACAUAAAUCUGAAAGGAAGAAAAAGAAAAAGCAUAAAGUGAAAACUAUCCUAAAUGAGGCAAAUGAAUCGGAACUAGCUUUGUACCCUGAAGGGUGCAGUGAUAUAAAGUCAGUUAAGAAGAAGAAAAGCAAAUCUAAAAGGGCGAGCACUAUAGAAGAAGAUCAAGAAUCCAAGAUUGAGAAAAAAUUGACAAAGAAACAGAAUCCACCAGAAGGAGAAGUUCAGGAGGACGUAUAUGGUGGUUUAAAAAAGAAAAAGAAAAAGAAAAAAAAGUGUAAACCAGAUGAUUCUGACUCACAGAACAUUUCUGAAGAGAGUAAUAGAAAAAUAUGUGAGGAUGAAGCAAGCAGAGUUCAGAAUGAAGCCAAACAUGUUAAGAGUAUGAGCAAAGAUGGUGUCAAAUGUGUCAGUGUGGAAGAAGGCUUAGCUAAAGGUAUCAAAACAUCGGAUGGUACUGCAGAUGAAUUGACCGGUGAACCUUCUGUUGCUGAUGCCAAAAUUAUGAAGAGAAAGAAGAAGCGAUCUCAUAUGGAGAAUAUUGAAACACAUGUAAGUGAAAAAUCACCAAUGAAGCAAAAAAAAGACAAACAUUCUAGUGAACUCAAAACUGGGAAUGACCAAUUCAGCCAAGAAGAUGUGAGAAAGCAAGAAGAUAAUCAAAAGGUGGACAACCAUAACAAUGAGACAGACAAAAAAUUCUCAAAAAAGAAGAAGAAAGAAAAGCUUCAUUCCAAAAGGCAACUAUUGGAACCGGAAGAGUCACACAAUGAACAUUCAUCAAUGGAAAAUGAGAGGAACAAAUUGGAACAAAUUGAAAAUGUCAGUGAAUGCAGUUCAAAAUCUAAAAAGAAAAAAAGGAAAAGAUCCAUUACUGCUGAAGGAGAAGAAAUUGAAAAAAAUGAUAAAGAAAGAAAUAAAUGUGACAAAACUAGUAAUAUUUGCAAAUCCCAACACUCCCCUUCAAAGAGGACAAAAGAGGACAAGCAGGAAGCAGCAUUAGAUGUUCUUAAGGAAUCUAUAAAAAAUAAAAAGAAAAUUAAAAAGGGAAAGAAAGACGCCUCACCUGGGACCCAAGCUUUUAAAGUAAAAACAGAGCAAUGCGACAGUGAUGAUUUGCAGAUUAUAUCUGAAAGAAAAGGAAAUUUAUUUGAAGUGGCAAUAGACAAGGCUAGACGGAAGGCUUUGCAAGAAGAAAUUGAUCGAGAAUCUGGUAAAACAGAUACUCCUGAACCAAGAUCUUCUUUUGAAACUAAACCAUUAAGCACCGGUACACAAUGGGACACAGCCACGUUUGAAAGUGUGGAUCAGAAAAACAAAUUUUUGAGACUUAUGGGUGGAUUUAAAUCUUCUAAUCAAACUCAAUCAACUGGACAUGCUUAUGGAAAACCGAACAUGGCAUUUAACAAGCAAGAAGAAAAAAAACAUAACAGUAUUCUGCAAAGGGAAUUUGAUAAAGCAUUGAACCUUCGUCAAAAUCGAGGAAUUGGCCUGGGCUUCCAAGCUUCUCCUGAUCCUGCUAAAACAAAAACAUUUUUUAUAGAUAAGCACGCCACCAACUCGAAGAAGUUUGACUUAGACUAAAGGUAUCAGUGCAGGUUUGUUUCAAAACAUAAAAUAUUGUAUAGUUCAUUCAUUUUUGAAGAAUAUUUUGCUCUCUUUCAAGGUGGUUAUUUUCCUGUACAGUAAGGAGUACAUUGUAUUACAGUAUUGUUUAGUUCUUUGCUUUGUUCAAACCAAAGCUGUUUAAUUGUAGUUCGAUCUGAUUCAGGUUGGCAUAGUUUUUUUUUCCAUAUUUGUUCUUACAAUUAAAGUUAGGCUAGUUUAUUUUCUGAUCAUGAAUAUUUUAUCUGGACAUUAAUCAUAAAGCAUAAAUGCAGCCUAAUUUAAUGUAGUUUAUGAUUUAUUACAAAUUUUGUAGCCUGCAUAAAAAGACAGUUUGUCAUUGUAAUGAAAAGAAAGCAAAAUCAAUAAUAGAAUUAAUGAGUAUUUUGCAGUAGAUAAAUAUCCAGUCCAAAUAGUUUAUGACAAUUGCCUGUAUAUGAGCACCAGAAUUUGAAUUCUUAAUUAAUUAAAAGUAAACUUGUAUAAUAAUUUCCCAAACUAGUCUUUCUUCUCUAGUCAAUUGUUCUAAAAAAAACCUAGAAAAGGGAUUCAGCAGGAGUAGGCCAUUCAGUAUGAUCAUGGCUGAUCAUCCAACUCAGAACCCUGUACCUGCUUUCUCUCCAUACCCCCUGAUCCCUUUAGCUACAAGGGCCAUAUCUAACUUCCUCUUAAGUAUAGCCAAUGAACCGGCCUCAACUGUUUCCUGUGGCAAAGAAUUCCACAGAUUCACCACUGUCUGUGUGAAGAAGUUUUUCGUCAUCUCGGUCCUAAAAGGCUUCCCCUUUAUCCUUAAACUGUGACCCCUCGUUCUGGACUUACCCAACAUCGGAAACAAUCUUCCUGCAUCUAGCCUGUCCAAUCCCUUCAGAAUUUUAUAUGUUUCAAUAAGAUCCCCCCUCAAUCUUCUAAAUUCCAGUGAGUGUAUCAAGUGGUUGAUCAAUGCAACCAAACUGACAGUGCUAAAUUGUAUGCAUAAAGGAUUCCUGAAUUAUGUACGAUGCAGUAUUGGUUUGGACAACACUAUUGGAGGCUGUCUGUUUGAGAAUCCCUCUCAUCUUCAUUAUUGACUGCAGUCUCCUCAACUUUGAUUCUUGCUCUGAAACUUAGAAACCACUUGGAGUCACUAAUAAGUUCUUAAAUGUUAACUUGCUUAAUGUGUAGACAAGUGCAGUGGUGGUGCCUCAAUAAUACUGCCAGCCUGCACUCAAUAACCAUUUCUUAAGCCCCAUCACUACUCACCUAUUCUCUUUUGUUCUUUGAUAUUUGAAUAAUCAGUUGGUACUUUGCAGUUCAGCUAAAUAUGGCUGAUAAGACCAAAGCCCAUUGUAAUAUUCACUGGAAAGUGCGCUGAACAUUUGAAAUAUCGCUGGCUUAAGUAGAACAGUGAAAAUACUAUGACUUAAUUUUUGGCUUUGCUCCCAUUUGUUGGAGUUUUCCCUACACAGAUGAAGAUGGUUAUCAAGGAGGUUAAUCAUCCCAGCCCAGGAUAUUGCUGUAUGAGUUCUUCAGAACAGGAUCAUAAUCCAGGCAAUCUUCCUCUGCUUUAUAUUGAUUUUACUAUCAUUUGAAGAAUGAAGGGGGAAUCUCUUUGGAAAGGAAAGGAGAAGAUGCCAGAAUAAGAAGGUGGAGGGAUGGGAUGGAGUAUAAGUGGAGAGGUGAU